CCUGUCAAAUUAUGCAGAGGUCCAAGAUGGCUGCUUGUCGUAACAUAUUUUGCGGAAGGAUGCUCUCCUGUUUGUUGCUGUUUUCCUUCGUUUUCUCCGCCGUUUCAGACGGCAGCAAGCUCGCAUCCGUUCGGUACGAUGAAGCCGCCAAGACGUACCAAAUCACCGACAAGCUGGACCCCAGCGCCGCCGCCUGGGCCAACUUUACGGACAGAAUAUCUUCAACCGGAUGGUCAUUCCUGACCGUGACCACCAAUGAGAAGUACGAUGACAGCGUACAGGCGUACGCGGCAGGCCUGGUGGAGGGUUACCUCACGCGGGACCUCAUGUACAACCACUGGCUCAACACAGUGGGUGCAGCCUUCUGCAGCAGCAGGAGUGCAUUCUGUAAGAACCUGGAGAGUUUCCUGAAAACCAACCUGGCCUGGAUGCAGGAACAGAUACAGGCCAGUGGGGACACAGACGACUACUGGCACCAGGUUAAGCUGACUCUGCAGCAGUUGUCAGGUCUGGAUGACGGGUACAACGAUGAUCCCAGGCAGCCUUCUCUGGACAUCAAUCCUUUUGGCUUCCUGAUUUUCCAGAUCGGUGGAGACAUGGAGGAUUUGCAGGAGGCCCUGAAGGACAAAGACUCUCACCGCGUCCUCGGGUCCGGGUCCUGCUCUGCGCUCGUCAAGCUGUUGCCAGGCAACGCUGACCUGCUGGUGGCACACGACACCUGGGACACCUUCCAGUCCAUGCUGAGGAUCAUCAAGAAGUACCAGUUCCCCUUCAAAUUGGGUGGUGAAGAUAAGAUCCCAGGCCACACCGUUUCCUUCUCCUCCUAUCCUGGAGUUAUCUACUCAGGAGACGACUUCUACAUCACAAGCGCAUCCUUGGUUGCCCAAGAGACGACCAUAGGAAACAGUAACCCUGCCCUAUGGAAGUACGUACAGCCCCAGGGACAGGUGCUGGAGUGGCUGAGGAACAUCGUGGCCAACAGGCUGGCCAACAAGGCCAUGGACUGGGCAACCAUCUUCAAGAAAUAUAACAGUGGCACAUACAAUAACCAAUGGAUGAUAGUGGAUUACAAGACUUUCACGCCCAACAAGGACCUUCCCGAGAAAGGGCUGCUUGUUGUACUCGAACAACUGCCAGGCAUGGUGAUGAUGGAUGAUGUGACAUCAGUCCUGGCCAAGCAGGCUUACUGGCCAAGUUACAACUCACCUUAUUUUGAGAAGAUCUUCAACACCAGCGGUUUGCCCGCCAUGGUUGAGAAGUACGGGGACUGGUUCAGCUACGAGCACACACCGCGGGCAAACAUCUUCAGGAGAGACCACGGGAAGGUCACGGACAUCAGCUCCAUGAUCAAGCUCAUGAGGUACAAUGACUUCCAGAACGACCCCCUGUCCAAGUGCGACUGUACGCCCCCCUACAGUGCAGAGAACGCCAUCUCUGCCAGGUCCGACCUCAAUCCCGCCAACGGAACCUACCCGUUUAGCGCUCUACAGCAUCGCUGUCAUGGCGGCACAGACAUGAAGAUGACGAGCUAUUCCAUGCACGAAAGCCACCAGAUGAUGGCGGUGAGCGGCCCGACACACGAUCAACAGCAGCCCUUCCAGUGGAGCACGUCGGACUACGACAAGCAGUUCUACCAUCUGGGCCAUCCCGACCUCUUCAACUUUGACCCCAUUCAUGUGAUCUGGUUUGACCAAUCAGAUAACUGAGCAGAAAACCACUGGUUAGAUGGUAACGUUAUGGAUUUUUUACCAGCCAAGCUAUCUUGAACUAUAGCAUUCAACUUUAUUCUACUUGCUUGUAACUCGCUGCUGCACUGGCCUCCUUUGCAGACUUCCGGGAGUGCCAGUUUUUUUUUGUGGGGGGGUGGGGGAGACUGCUGAUUCAUAAUUUUCGGAAACAAUGUCCCUCAGCAUUGGGAAACCUGGCCCAUGUUGAAAGCAAUACAUUCUGGCACUCCUAGAAAUCUGCAAAGGAGGCUACUAUCCACACUGAUUUUUGGGGAUUCGUUCAGAUUCUUCAACAAAUUUAAAAGACUUCCACCAAAAAUUGCAUUACCAUGAUGUAACCAUUGGUUUAACACAUGUACAGUCUUUCUGGUCAAUGCCUGCUAAUCUCUUACUGUUUAUGUCAUCAUUGAUAAUGUCAGCAAAAAGCUUCACCUUGUUGAGCUUGUGAUUUUAGCACAGACAACCCAAUCUCCAACUGUUUCUCAGUAGUGUACACUAUAACAGACUAGUUUAGACUGGGUUUUCUGUUGUGUUAGGCAAAUCCAACCUAAGCAAUAUUAGAGUGUUAAAAGUUGAAAUACUGUAGAUGAGACAAUCUGUAUGAAAUUGAUAUCUACUGCACUAUAUUCCCACAUUUAUUAUCAUUGUUUCUUACUUUGAGCAGAUAAAAACAAUGCAGAAACAAGCCUUGCUAGGAUUCCCUAAAUAUCGCAACCCAAAAAAAAUUGACUUCACGAUGUGCUCGCACCACUGUGGGCAUUGAAUAUUUGGUCCUUGCAUGUUGCUUCAUUUUAUUACAAAAAAUUAGCUUAUUUGAUUUUGACUUUCAUACUUGAAGUUUUACAGGCCUGACGCUAAUAAUAAGGUUGGCUUUAACUCUCUGUGAGAGUUUUCUGAUGACACUAUGUUGAGCAAAUCUAUCACUGGAACAUGAGGCUCAAAAAUUGUCACGUACACAAAUAUCAGGGCUGUCUCCAAAUAUCAGGGCUGUCUCUUUAAACUUAUUAUAUCCCACUAUUGUUUGAGAGCCACUGUUGUUAAUUUUCAUUGUUAAAUCUUGUCAUUUUAAACAAUUAUACAAAAAAUAGUCUUUCAUGAGUUUCAUAUCAUAAAAUUCAGAUUUUUGGACAGAUGGGGUUUUGUCUGCUACAAAAUUGCCAGCAAAUUUCCAUCCUAGAUCGCAGAGACGUGUCCUGGAGACAGCCCUGAUUGGUAGCCUUGCUUCUUAGUGAUUCUUUCCUUUUUGAAAAUGUUGCAUUCAAGUUGCUGCUCCAAAUGAUUGUAUGCGUUUUGAGACAUGGAAUGUUACUUGAAAAAUCCACUUUCAUAAAAACUGUAGACAUGUAUGAAAGGUGUGUAAAUAGCAGAGAUCAAUUCCUUCAGCUCUGUACAAAUGUGGCCUUUUAGGUCUUCAGGAAGUCCAGAGCUUGUUAUUGGCAUAAG